UCUCCCAGAGAAAAAACUUCCUGAUUAGUUAUUGAUACCUUGCCUUCCCUUUAUUCCCUCCUUUAUUAUCUCGACUGUGGACUUCCCGUCUGCUUGUCUGGGUCUCUUGUCUCUUCGGUCCUGCUGCAGUCGUUCCUUUGAUAUCCGCACCUCUUUUAAGUUCUCGCUUCGCUGACCGGGGUACAAUUCCAUCUUACAGGUUACGAGUACGGUCUUCCCGGAAGUCUCGCAGCCUUUGUUGUUCCACUAUUCUGCACACGCUUUGAACUACACGCAAUAUACGACCCACCGCAUCCUACCACCAUAGUGGACAUGGCUAGACAUACAUCGCUUGAAUCUGAGAGACCCAUCAUGGCCCAGUCGGCACGUACCUCCAAGCGGUUCUCGACUGUCAGCGAAGCCCCUACAGUCGCCUCGUCGGAAACCACCUUUGCAGGUCUGCCGGCCGGAGACCCCAGACUGGCCGAUUUCCACAAUCUCCGCGAUGGACUGGAGCGCCUGGAAAACAAGCCCCUUCUGAAGCAGCGUUUCGUUCCCACUCCGGAGAAGACCGAUAACUUGAGCAAGUUGGCAUUGGGUGCCAAGGUGGAGCGCGCCCUUGGACGUAGAAUGACCAGCCAGGACGCUGUCAUGCGAGAACCCGUGCUGAACGAAAAAGCGGUGGUGGAAGCCCCGUGAGUUGUUGCGGACGUGUCGUGUGGUGUUGACCGAAAGUUUGCAUUUUGAUACCUUACUACUGGACCUUUUGCUCCCUGUCCCCAUGGCCACCUGGGCCACGGCUGUUCUAAUGUUGCAUGUUUUCCCGGCUUGCCAGAUUUCCCCUGCGGCGGGUUCUAUGACCGAGUUCGAUACCCGUCUUGAUGAGAAGCUUAUCUUUACCUGUCUAUCAUACCCCCCUUCUGAGCCAGCUAUCUACUUUUGAUUUGAUGCGAUUUCGCUGCGU